GCUGGCUUUAUUCUAAAGGAGAGUUAUGGCGAGACGUUUACCGGAUGUCAACUAAAGAGCGAUUGUUUGCAGUUUACCACAGCUGCCGUUGGUACAGGGUUGAUUGAGGACAUCAACACAAGACUGGUGUGGCUGAAUGCACUGUAUGAUCUACCAUUUUCUUCACUUCACUUUUUGGACUUUUCUGUCCUUGUUGAAACCAACAGUUCGGAUCCAUCUAAGUGGACAAUCCAGAAAAUUUGGUACCACGACCAGAUUUUUUCCUCUCUUGAUGAAUUCAUUACAAAGUACAACAACAACAGCAUUGAUAAAACAAAAAUCACCAAGCCAGUCAACAGUGAUAAACUGUUCUCAAGCCUAAAACUUCGUGGUGAACCCAUGCCACCCAAACCACAGAGACCGCCCAUGCUGGUUGAACCUGAUGGCAAACGAUAUUCUGUCAAACACAAAAAGGUCGAAUACAUGGGAUGGUCAUUCUACUACAGGUUGUCUCCCCUAACUGGGCCAGCUCUCUACAAUGUUGAAUACAACGGAGAGAGAGUUAUCUAUGAGCUCGGGCUAGCUGAUAUUGCAGUGUUCUACUCUGGUCAUGCACCGUUUGGUCAAACCUCAGAUUAUGUUGACAGCGGGGUCAUGCUUGGAAGCAGAUCCAAAGCCCUGGUCCCUGGAGCGGACUGUCCUGAUACAGCUACACUCUUGAAUGCGACAUUUAUGAACCAGUACAACGAGGAUCCUGCCGUCUAUGAGGCUGCAAUGUGUUUAUUUGAGGACAAUGAUGGAAUUCCACUUAGACGCCAUCUUUCCUAUGAUAUCAAGUCUGGAGCAUUCUAUGGCGGUAUGCUCAACUCCGCACUGGUUCUCAGAUCAGCUUUGUCCAUUUAUAAUUACGACUACAUUAUUGACUUCCACUUUCAUCAAAGUGGCGCAGUGACUAUUCAGUUUAUGAGCUCAGGUUAUGUUCAAGCAACUUUCUUCACUCCCACGGAAGUACCAUAUGGGCAUCACAUCCAGGACAACAUUCUUGGGAACGUCCACCAUCACGUGGCUAACUUUAAGGUGGACAUGGACAUUGGUGGCACCUCCAACAGAUAUGAGACUUUGGAUAUCACCAAAGAGAAUGUGAAGUUGGCCGCAUUCCCAGAUAAGAUGUACUCUCAAACAAAGAUAACUCCCACAUUGAAGAAAACGGAAAAGGAAGCUGUCUACGAUUUUGAUUUUAACAUCCCCAAAGAUCAUCUGGUAUACAGCAAUGACAAAAAGAAUAAAUACAACGAGAGCAAGGCCUACAGCAUCAUCAUCAAGGGCGUUUCCAAAAAUCUGAUUGAAGAAGACGCGGGAAAUGAGCAGACGGUAACCUGGGCCCGCCAUCAGAUGGUCGUGACCCAACGCAAGGACGAAGAGAUCUCCUCUAGCUCCAUCUACGGCAUGUUUGACAGCCACAAGCCUGUCACAAACUUCUCCGCGUUCUACGCUGAUAACGAAGACAUUGUAGAUGAGGAUCUAGUCUUCUGGAUCACAGCCGGCAUGCACCAUAUCCCGCACACAGAAGACAUUCCAGUCACACCAACCAUGGGGAACCAGCUGAGGAUCCACCUGGUGCCACACGGUUACUUCGACGAGUGUCCUUCUAUCAGGUCCCGUGAUGCCAUUUUCAUUGAGCACAAAGAUCCGAAGGACCCGUCUAAAGGGGUCAAAGUUGACAGGAAUGGGAACUCAAGAGAUGAGUUUGUUCUUCCGAGACCCACACUAGAGGAUGACCUGGAAAAAGAUCCAGACAGGGUUCUCGAGAGCCGAAGACCAAACCCAACAGAUUUUUAA